AUGGCCCCGUUAGAAGAACAUCACAACCAGCGACAACUGCGACUUAUUUCUGUUGCUUUUAAGGAGGCAUCAAUUGAUUCGCCAUCUUUCAGAGCUACAGUAAAUUUCUUCCACACAAGAGUUGAUAUUUUUGAAGAAUGGAUAGACAAGUCCAUGGCUUUCUAUGAGAAAAAGUAUACACAUUCAUAUGAUGAUUUCAAAAGAACCCAAAAUUCACUCUUGUCACAGCUAUUACCUUCUCCAUCAAUGUUAAGUAGUGGACUUGUUAGCAAUCAGGGAUAUACACCAAGCUUGGUAAGUAACUUUUUAUUUGAUUUUACGGAAUACUCAGAAAGGAUAAUUAAAGCUCUUAAAGGUAACGAUAUAUUGAAUUCAACUCCGUUAUCUGAAUUAAUAUCUGUUGCUAUUGAUCCGUAUAAGGCCUGCCGAAAAUCUUUUGACUACUAUCAGACAAAAUAUGAUUCCAUGCUUUCUACAUUUCAAGCUGCUAACAUAAGGGAGGUUAGUAUUGAUCCAGAGACCACCAAGAAUGAUACGAUCCAUAUUUUUACGCUACAGAAAAGCUACAUACAAGCAUCUUUAGACCUCAUAGAGGCCAUUUAUACACUGCGGCUACAAAUUGACAAAUUCUUAUUGGAUACAAUGAAUAAUAUGAAAUCGGACUCAAUAUAUUCCCCAAAGGAUGGUUCACGACCACUUGAUCUGAUGCCUUCCAUGAAUGAAUAUAUGAAAGACUACACCAUGUGGGUUCAAAAUGCUAUAGAUGGUGCUAGAGCAUUGGAACGUGACAUUGAAAAUGCAAAAAAACAAGCAUAUGAAUAUACCUUGAGUCAUAUUACUCCAUCAGAAGAUAUUAAUGAUUAUGAUAUAAGGACUAUUUCCACAAAUACAUUCGUCGACCAAAAUAUCCACAUAAACAAAACACCAGAAAAGAGCGGGUGGUUAUUUAUGAAGACAUAUGUGGGGACACCGAGCAGAGAAAUAUGGGUGAAUAGAUGGUGUUUCCUGCAAAAUGGUGUGUUUGGAACUUUACUAUUAUCACCUUCAAAAACAUACGUAGAAGAAACUGAUAAAUUUGGUAUAUUUUUGACAAAUAUUAGAUACAAACCGGAAGAAUAUCGAAAAUUUUGUUUUGAAAUGAAAAUAUUCAAUGGUAAUAAUUCCGCAUCACAGGAUAAAAGGAAGAUGAUCGAGUUAGUCUUUCAAGCUUCAAGCUUGAAAGAGCUAAAAUCAUGGAUUAACGCAUUUGAAACUACUCGAAAGGUUGUCAGCCAAUUAGAUAAGAACAGUUUGAAUUAUGAAAUUGCUUAUAAGAGAUUCUCUCCCAAAUAUAUUGAAUUCGCAUCUAGUACAACGACAAAAAUCGAUCAACAAAUAACAACUUUUGAUGACACAACCGAGUCGUUAUUCCAGAAGUACAAAUGUGCCUUUUCAGAAUAUGAAGUGUUAUCAGUUGGAAGCGAAAAAAUAUUCAAUUUCCAAACAAUAAUAACUCCAAUUUCGACGAAAAUGACGAACUUAGCGUUUUUAGCUGAUAAUUCAGUGUAUGGAUCAUACUGUACCAAUGCUGUGGUAGCAAACAUAUGGGGUACGACUUACUGGAGCGAUUAUUCUCUGAUAUUGUCAACUGUCCCUAUGAAUGAGGAGAGAACUACCUCCAAACCGACAACUCGUUUGGUAUCUCCUCAUGAUAAGAUUAUCUAUCCCAAAUUCUAUCCAAAUGCCAUGAAAUUUUAUGACUUACAGUUUAAGAAUUUAUUCUUUUCCAUUGACCAAAGACUAAGCAAAAUAACAGAGGAGUUUCUUCUUUUCAAAUUCGAUGCAUUCUGGUGCCCAAAUAAAAAACAGAAAUUUGCUUCUACUUGCUACUUAACACAAUACAACCUUUACUCAUUCAUUAAUUCUGUUGGAUUUAUUUGUCUAACUAAAGUCAAUCUAGAUGACUUAGUUUCAAUCGAGAAAGACAAAGCUACACGUACACUAAUAAGAAUAUAUGACUCUAGUGGAUUGCAGCUUCGGGUAAAUGUCCUAUUUACAGAUCCUGAAGCAGUGGCCUUAAAACUCCAAUAUCUACUAGAAAAGAAGGCUUCAGGGACCAAUGAUUCGAUAAUGGAAAUCUUUGCUAGAUUCUCAGAAAUUGAUAAAGAAAUGGAGGAGAAGAGAAACUUGGAAAGAGCCAAUUCAGAUUCAUCUGAAUCUGUUUACGAUAGCCAACUCGUAGGGAGUAAACAUGAUCAUGAGCUAACAUUCUGGAAUAUCACUAAAGAGAGCGCUGAGCUAUUAAAUAAAAGAAAAAUGCUACAAAAAGAAAGUAGUGUAUACUUUAGUCACAAUUAUGACAUUCCAUGUAAAGGAUUGAUGCAUUUACUGUUUGGUGACGAAUCUCAAGCUUUCCCCAAAUCACUAUUUUUAGCGAGGAAGAAUGGAACUCAACAUGUAAACUGGUACUGGAAACAGAAGCGUACUAACAAAACGGGCGAUGUAAUUCUAUCCAGAAAAAUUGAGUUUGUUGUCGACAUGACCGAUAACUUUCUAACAACUAGCAAAUAUUCUGAUAAUAACGUAGAGGAGUUGUCAUUAGAACAAAACAUUGUGAAGGCAAUUGAUAAUAAGUAUUAUGAGAUUGACCAAACACCUGUCAGAAUUAAACUACCUUUUGCAAGAAUUAUGAAAAUCACUACAAAGUAUAUUAUCAGUGAAGCAUAUGAUCCAGAGAAGUCUACUUCAGAGAACAAAUCAAAAUCACCACGAAAUGGCUCUUGCUUUCAAUUGUUCUUUAAUAUAGAUUUCCUCGAUUGUAAGUCAGGGAAUCCUGUGAAGGAUCUUCAUUUCCUAGAGAGAGUAUAUUUAGACUGGGCUAUACAUUUUGCUGGAACUGAAUUCUUUCUUUUUAGGAAGGUUAUUAGAUUUUACUUAGAAAAGAUGGGCAAGCAUGGUAAAGUAAUAAAAGCAAUGAGAUUAUGCGGAUUAAUCGGAGUUUCUGAUGAAGCAACUAAUGAAACAGAAAAACAUGAAGUAAUAACUGAGAAAGAUAUAGGUACAAACAAGGAUGUAAAUGUUGACCCCAUUGUUGACAGGAAGCAAUACGAUGCCCGAUACACACUAAAUAUUAUCAGCAAAGUUCUUCUCAAGAGGCUUGUUUACCGUGUUUCAAAUCUGUUUUUUUUCUUAUUCAGAGUUAUUAUCUCAUUAUUCUUGGGAUCAAGCACUGUUGUCCAGAGUUUAAACAGAUACUUGCUAUUUGGACUUCUGUUAUCCAUUAUUGUGAAUUUAUAUCUAUCUGGACGUAGCACCCUGAAUUUCUGGUCUGUUCAUAACGCAGAGAAAAAGUUCAAUAAUUUUAUGAGUGAUUCCGGUAAGUUUACAAUGCAAAGAUCAAUCAAGAUUGAUGAUCUUGACUUAUUAACCGAAUAUCUUGCCAUCGAUGAAAAUAACAGAGCUUACAAUAAAUUCCAAGAGUAUUUACACGAUAUCGAUCAUGAUUUCAAAUACAAAACAACAAGAAAGGAUCUUGCUGUGAAACGUAACGAAUUACUAGUGGAACUACGUAUUCUCCAGAACAUGGAACGAGAACUUGUACAAGGUGAAUACAAACGAUUUUUACUUGAAGAGGUGGAUAGAUGUGAGCAAGCUUUAAGAGAAGUACCAGACCUUUUCACAAACGAUGAAAACAUAAAAUCUUAUUGCGAAAACUGCAAUGACGAACUUACGCGUGUUUCAAGACUACUGCUUUGA